AACAAAUGGCGUAAACAAUAAAAGUGCCGUCGUGUUCCGUGUUGUAGAUUUUUUCGAAAAACUAUCAAUUUUUCAGUGAUUUCGUAACUAUCAGUAGCGUGUUUGAGGAACUGUCUAUGUUUUGUUGUGGUUUGUGUUGUGGUUGUGUUGAAAUUCAAUCAUUAUCAGUCAUAGAUACGGAAGUCUACGGAACUAAUUCGGAAGGUUCAUUCAACCAAGCGCUGUGUGAUGAAAAUGUCGACGUGUGGGAGGAGGGUGAAGUGCGCUGGGUGUUUUCCAUCGGAUAGAUGAAAUGCUGCUACCUCGUGCCGGAUAGAUUACGUUUUGGAAUGUAAAUAAAUUGUGUUAUACAAACAAUUUUUUCCAUUAUUAAGUAACCUAGCCGAAAAAAAUAAUAACUGAAACCCCCGUAUAACUCAAUGUAAAUUAGUGUUGAUAAUUCGCUAAUUAGAAGUGUCUCCGUUACCUCGGAACAUGUACAAGUGUUGGUGAAAGGAAGCAAGAGGGAUGUGAAUGAAAGUGUAUUGCUAUUUAAAAUAUUGGAUACUUUUGUAACGGAUCGUGCGAACACAUCAUUCCUGGCGCCACUAGAACCCUCCUACUCGACGAUAUUACGACGACCCGAGUGCGUGAAACCUUCCCGCAUUGGGUUUUAUUUUCGCAGUAAUUAUACAGGACAUGAGAACUUGCGUGACAAGUGGUAAUUUAUAUCGUGCGAAGUGUGCAUUUUCGCAACAAUCACCCAACACUGCCUAACACGUGCCAUCGAUGUUUGUGAAUCAUAUUAUGUGCGCCAGUUAAUUAAUUGGCUACCAGAGAGCGCUAGCCAGUGGUGCUAAAAUUUAAUGUUGUCGAUAUUAACACACCGAUUAGUUUAACAAAUUUUGUGCUUAUAAACCGGGAUGAGGCUCCAGCGGCGUAGGACUCGGUGACAGUGAUUAUAUGUUGACACUAGUUUGGGACAUGAAUCGUGAUGCGUGAGCUGAGUAGAAGCGGAAGCGAUGUGGUCCGGCUUUGAUAGAGGUAGUGUUGCAAAGGUCGAUGUAGCAAGCCACAGCCAGCAGGAGACUUUGGCCGAUAUCGAGCAUAUCUCGACGAUUGCCGGUUCGCUCGGUAGCAUUGGAACGUUAUCGCAGUGUGCCGAUGGGGAACCUGUUUACGAGACGGACCACACCGAUUUGAAUUCCGAGUACGAUGAGGCGGAAAUCCGCAGGGAGCUUAUGAAAGACAAAUGGCGACAACUGUUCGAUGCGUUCGAUCCGGAAGGAUUCGGUGAAAUACCGGUGGACGAUUUCAUUGAAGCGCUAAAAUCGCCGGAUUUUCUCGCCAAUGUUCCACCCAACAAGCGCGAUAUUCUCUACGAUCGUGCCCUGAAGGCGAAAUCCUCGAAGGCGGAAUCCAUUUCGUUCCAGGACUUUGUGAAUGUGAUGAGCGGCAAACGGUCGCGUAGCUUCAAGUGUGCAGUACAUCAUCGCGAUCGUGAAGUUUGUUCGGAGAACGAUUUUCAUCUGAUAUUUGAAGAUCCACCAUUAUUCAAGAGGAUGGUGCACGUAAUUGCAAUGGAAGUGCUCCCCGAAGAGCGGGAUCGAAAAUAUUAUGCAGACAAUUAUUCAUGCUGUCCGCCUCCAUUAUUUGUGAUAUUAGUUACAUUAGUUGAGUUGGGUUUCUUUACGUAUCACACACUUACCUCGGGCCAAGCGGAUCCGGCCGGACCGGUUCCGAUCGAUUCCAUGUUUAUCUACCGCCCGGACAAACGACAUGAAGUCUGGCGGUUUCUGUUCUACAUGGUUCUCCACGCCGGAUGGUUUCAUCUUGGCUUCAACCUAGUCGUUCAACUCUUAGUUGGGUUACCAUUGGAGAUGGUACAUGGAUCAACUAGGAUCGGUUGUGUUUAUCUUGCGGGCGUGCUUGCCGGCUCGUUGGGUACAAGUGUAUUCGAUCCCGAAGUCUAUCUAGUCGGUGCUAGUGGCGGUGUGUAUGCCUUGUUAGCAGCCCAUCUAGCGAAUGUGAUGCUCAAUUUCCGCAGCAUGCAGUACGGCAUCUUCCGAUUGCUGGCGAUCUUUCUGUUUGCAUCUUGUGACGUGGGUUUCGCGAUCUACUCUCGCUACGCGGUGGAGCCCGACAGCGGGGCUCCGUCGGUAUCGUACGUGGCCCACCUGACGGGAGCACUGGCCGGUCUCACCAUCGGGCUGCUGGUGCUGAAAAACUUCGAGCAGAAACUGCACGAACAGCUGCUCUGGUGGGUGGCGCUCGGUGUGUAUGCGGCGUGUACCAUUUUCGCCGUGGUCUUCAACCUCCUGAACACCGUUACCGUGCAGAGGCUCGAGGAGGAAGGCGAACAGGUACUGAAGCAGCGGCUGUUCAAUAAUUUUGGAUUUUAAAAAAAGGUUCCCUCCCAAACUCGGCUUUUGAUUUGUGCGAAAGCGGGUUCCACCACAAACAAACGAAAAAACUCGGAUGCUCCCGAAAGCGUCGUUCUGAACGCGCGUCCAACACCACCAGCGGAAGAGUCUAAAAUUCAAAUUGCUGCGCGAGGAAAGUCGAUUGCGGUUUAGAGAAUAGGGUAGUGUAGCGUCAUCGAGGCUGUGCCCACGGAAUUGAAUAUUUGAUGGCCUCGGAAAAAAGUUGUGAUUUGUGUAUAGAGAGAGAGAGACCUCCCCCCCCCUUUAAUUGUUUAAGAAAGUAUGUAUGAAUGUGCGUCGGAUGGCGAUACUAGCUCAGUGACCUCGACAGUCUGGCCGCGCGGCCGAUCAGACUUGUGUGAUGUUUUACAUGGAUCGAAAACGGAUCGUCCUAUCGAACAACGUAAAAAAAGACAAACAAACAUACGUAACACGUCAGCAAACAGCGGGCGCGUGAUGCGCGUUUCGUUCCGAUCCAAGAUACCAAAGACUGUAAAUGACGUUUAAGCAAAUCACCUGAAAAAAGCACGAUGAUGAUCAUAGGUAGCGAAUAACGGAAACUUGUAAAUAUGUCAGUCUCUUUUAUAGGAAUUUUUCGAACCGGGUCGUAUUUCGAAUCGACACCCCAACCCCUCCAUUUUUUUGCAAAUUUACCUGUGAAAUUGUCAGCAAAAAGGAACAAAAAGUGAAACAAAAGUACGUUCCUUCCACUCGGAGAAAUGUGUAAAUAAGUGUCAGAAGUUUUUUUAUAGCAAUUUAUCGAUUUGAGAAUCGCGCUCGUUUGGAAUCGUCAAAAGUGAAAACGAAAGAGCAACUGUAUAUACACUGGAUAACUUCAAAAUGCACGCCGGUAACCGAAAAUUCUACCGAUCCAAGAACCUUGGAAACUAGAAAUGAAAAUAGUUAGACUCUCUGAACUAAAUAAUAAAUUAUAUACUAAAACAAAAAUCCUAUUAAUACUGCAUCACUACUGCUAAAAAAGAUGAAAUCAAUAAUUCUAGUCAAAUUUCUAUGAAACUAUUAUCAUUAUAAUUAUUAUUCAUCAACCUGGGACAAAAGAUCCGACCUUUGGGCGAGAAAAUAGAACGAAUAGUAUUGCAAGAGAAAAAAAAACGAAAGAACACACACAACUUAUUCAAGUCAUUAAUCACAAAGAAUUAAGUGUUUAUUUUUUUUUAUUAUUUUCUGUUUUCGCUCUAACGAUUGAGUGACGACGCGGCGCAGCGCAUGCGCGCCAUCUUACAGUGAAAUUCGUCCCCUCAGAAGUUGAGCAAGCGCGGGGGGCACUUGAUGCCCCCACUAGCGCCGCAUUUUCCGUUGCAAAUUACCUGUUAUAAGUCGAUUCUGUUAGCACAAUCCUAAUUGUUUUUGUGACUUUUUAUUAUUAUUUUUGUUUUAUUAGGAAAAGCCAAAGAAGAUUUAUUUAUUUUAUAUCGUAAAUUAUUUGAAGAGCAGCAGCAGCAAAUCGCCCAGCAAAAGUGUUUCGAAUUUUUCUGUCCACGAGAAAUGUCUGCGUUUGGUUAGAGAAAAAAAUUUACGUGAAAUCGACUCAGAAACUCAGAAAAUCGCGCAUGCCUUACCAAAUAGGAAUAAACCAAAAAGGUAACUGACAUUACCCACACUCACACUUACAUACACACGCAUACUCAUAUACAAUCGAAGCGAACGAGAACACCACUUUUUAAGAAGUACAAACAAACAAACAAAAAAACGGUUCAGAAAAAUUGUACUUUCUUAGACUUUUUAAGAAAACACUGCCAGUAUAGAGAGUUGAAACAAACCAUUUUAAAAGCAACUUACAAAACUAACUGUUGGCGUCGAAAAAAGUAACAAUAAAAAUAACGCAUUCAUUCUCUCAAGUGACCGGAAGUUUAUGCAAACCAAUGGGAAGAAAAAAAACACGUAUUAUUAUCUUACACGACAAGAAUUCCAAAAAAAACAACAACACACGGAAAUUUAAUAGAAUGUAUUUAUAAUAAAUUAUUGUACGCGCGAAAAAAGAAGGCAUACCAGAAGAAAAAAUGGAUAAA